UUAACGGUGGUUGCGACAUUUAACGUCAACCUUGCGACAUAUAACGGUGGUUGCGACUUUUAGCGGCGUUGCGACAUUUAACGUUGCCACAUACGGUACAUGGUACUUUAUUUGUUUUACAAAGCUAGCCUUGUUAUUGAUAUUACUGUAAUACUUUCUCGACCUAUCUAAAAUGACAGUUAAAAGAGAAAUGCUUUUAGUACUAAGUCUUUUGUGACAUCAGAAUAUUUAAUGCUUGCAUAUAUUCCAAUUUAGUGCUUUCCAGCUAUAGAAAUUACGCCGCAAGACUUGCUUUUGCAUUUUUACAAUACUCACUUAACACAUAAUGGAUUCAAAUGUUUAGGGUCAGGUGACAGGUCAGGUGACAGAAUUACAAUAAACUUCAACAAAAGAAUUAAUUUAAUAAAUAUUUUCAGUCUAAUUAAAUCUAUUUUUAAUCAUGCCCCUGGGAUCAAAGUUGUCCCCGCUUUGGGUUCUAUAGUAUUACAUAAGCUUACAUAAGAAGAGCAAUAUGGGUGGACGGAUAGCUCAGUGGUCUGCACACUGGCCUUCCACUCGGGAAUUUUCAGAAACGCUUUUCAGUGUUUCCCACCCGACUAGAGGUGUACUGGUCAGGAACCCAGGCAAUCCUUGCGUGUAUCAGUGCUAUACACUGGGCACGGUUAAAGAACCAGGCUGUCUAUUCGCAACGAGCUAGGCCAAGUUUGAGGCUUUGUCUCACUCUGUCCCUCUGGUCAGAUCGCUCUGUGUCUGUACUAGUAGAGGAUGUGUGGCUGCAUUUGAACUAUGUAAAGCGCCUUGGAACGUGAAAUUGACCAUGAAAAGGGCGCUAUAUAAAUCUGGUAUAAUAAUAAUUAAAACAGACUAACAUCAGAACAAAAACUAAAGUUUUCUCUGAACUGCAAAACCAAGAACUUAGAUAUAUGACAUACAGCAUUCUCUAGUGUUAAUCUUUAGCCUGCUGACGGCAAGUGUGUCGUGGUCUACACUGUUCGCUACUCAGUCAGUAAAUUUUCAGUGAACACCCCUUCGGAUAAUAAAUGGUAUUGUUCAAACUGAAUGAUGAACCAGACCAUUUUAGCAAUUAGGGUUAAAUUCUUACCACAAGAAACUGUAUAGUAAUGUUUGAUACUUGAGACAGAAAGAAGAGAAGAAUAUUUUAUUGGCUUUGAUUUCUUUCUUUUUUAUAGUUACAAUUACUUCUAUAGGGUACUGAUGGAUACCAACAGGUGGAAUAUCUUGUUUGGGUGUCUCCUGACUUUCAUUGAAGUCUUGAACUUCAUAUCAUCAACUGGUAUAACCUUCGUGAAAUACAGCAGUGAUGACCGUUUUAUCGGAUACAGGUGUGUACCGAAUCAAACCAUCUUUGAGAUUGAGAAUAUGUUUUAUCCUACACGAUGUUCCAUGCUAUGCCAUCUCAAUACCACGUGCUUGAGCGUUGCCUAUCAACCAGAAACUUACAUGUGCAUUGGUUGUCGUGCUAACGUCAAGAAAUGGAAGGACCCUUAUGAAACACUGCCUGGAUCUUCUCUGUAUUUCAAACCCAUCACGGCAACUGAUUGCAAAGACAUGCUGACCCGUCACUACGCACCCAGUGGACUAUAUGAGAUAAUGUUGUGGUGGUCAAAGAAGAUCAUUACCGUGUAUUGCGAUAUGAACACAGACGGUGGGGGAUGGACGGUUAUCCACAACCGGUUUGACGGUACAACCAGCUUUUAUGAUCGACGUUUCAACGACUACGAGAACGGUUUUGGUAUGGUAAAUGGUGAAUUUUGGCUAGGACUGAAACAUAUCCAAGAACUGGCUGAUCAAGGGUUUUCCGAAAUCCGGCUUGAAAUGACAUGGGGCACUGGGAAGUACUAUGAAACAUAUAAAGAUUUCAAGCUCUUAGAUGGCACAAAUUAUACGCUAUCCAUCGACACAGGCUCUGCAGACAGAUCGCCAGGUAUAGACAAUGCGAGAACCUUUAGUUACAAUAAUGGUUACCCAUUCACAAGCCUUGACCGAGACAUGGAUGGACAUCCUAAGAGUAACUGUGCCAAGGAUGAUGGUAGCGGCGGCUGGUGGUAUGGCUUUUGUACUAGUGUGGACCUGAAUACACGGAGGGGCGGUGGACGACAUGAUGGAAUUGUAUCGAAUCAUCCGUUGAUGGCAUCUCGAAUGUUAAUUAGACGUGUUUGAAACAUAAAUUUACUGAUACAAAACAGCAAAAGGAAUUCAUGAUGCUUGUAAUUAGCAAUUGUUUUGUAUGUUGAAAUUUAAAAACAUUUGGAGAUGUCUUUUAAAAUUAAGUGGCGAAAAUUAUAUUUAUAUUAAGAAAAGAAAUGAUUUAAUAUUGAAAACAAACAUUUUCAAAACGUAAACAUAAUUUUUGCUAUUACUGUUUGGGGUUCAGUUGUAAAUGUAAUUUAUAAAAUUAUUUUUACACGUUUUCAGUUGAUUACUAAAAGAUCAGACUGAAACAUAUGAGCCGCUCCAUGAGAAAACCAACAUAAUGGCUUUGCGACCAGCAUGGAUCAAGACCUUCCUGCGCAUCCGCGCAGUCUGGCCAGGAUCCAUGCUGUUCGCUUUCAACUCCUAUUGCAAUUAGAGAAACUGCUAGCGAACAGCAUGGAUCCUGACCAGUCUGCGCGGAUGCGCAGGCUGGUCUGGAUCUAUGCUGGUCGCAAAGCCACUAUGUUGGGUUUCUCAUGAUGCGGCUCAUAUCUAGUAUUUUACAGGAUAAAAUAUCAAAUAUAUGAUUCUCUAGUACGGAACUUUACUUAAAUGCGGAAGAAUAUGAAUUAUAAAUAAUCGUUUUUUACUAGAAAAUACUUCAGUCAUAGUACAGACGUACAUAAUUAUUGUAUAAAAUGUAAAUGUACUCCUUUUCCUUUUAAAAUGUCAUAGAAAUCUAUAGGCCUACAGUUCAUUGAAUUAUCUAACCUUUACUAACAUACACGCACUGUGACGUCAUGAUGCUGCACUCGACGUUACGCGGACAGAACAGAUAAAAUAUUACUUAAGACAUUGAAACAAACAUACUAUUUGAUUGUUGUGUGUGUAAAAUCAAGUUAACUUUCACUCGUGAACUUAAGAUUUUGUAUUUCCACUCGUUUUAACGCCACUGGUGAAAUAUAAUAUCUUGUGAUGCAUGUGAAAAAUACAUAUAUUCUCUAUGUUUUAUGCUUUGUAUGUGGAAAUAAUAUAUAUCCUUUAUAAUUGAUACUGCGUGUGUGCGUGCGUGCCAGCUUUUGUGCGUCCGUUUGUGAAAUAUAUCUAUCCUGUAUAAUUGCUGCUGUAUAUGUAGAAAAAAUAUAUCUUCUGUAAGAGUUGCAUUCUGGUAUGUUUUGUGACUUCUAUCAUUAAAAACAAUUCUCUGUAUCUGUUUGUGUUCUCUCUCCAUUUGUUAAUUUCACGUUAGGAAUAAAGCGCUGAUAAUCAUCACAGUU